AUCAUGGUGUGGCCGAUCUCCUCUGCCCCCCUAGUCUCUAGUCCUCGUCCUUAUCGUGGACUCCUGACUUCCGACUCCUCUCUCUCGCGCAACAAAGCAAUAAUGAAGUGUCAAGGUGUCACCGUACCCUUAUUAUGAGGCGAUCGCUCCACGAGCGGUAGUUGCCCUCUUUAACCCAGUUCACUUUGUGCAGUUCAUUUGUACGAUCAUCAGUUUCUGGUCAGCGUCGUGAGUUUGAUACGGCCAUAGUACGGCCAAAAGAAAAGAUCUGGCGGUGGGGAUGGAAUGGGGGAAUGAAGAUGAAGUUGGGGAGAGAUGUGUUGUUGGAAGAGAAGAAAGGAACUGCGCGACCUGCUGCGAAAUCAGCGGGGGGGUUGGUACCUCCGAAACGCCUGGGCUACGCGCUAACCAGAAUCGGCCCAACCGACCCACUUCCAGCAGCCAGUAGCUAACAGCAACAGGAUUCACUCUCGCUGCAGCCACUGGCUGUGGCUGCAGCGCUGGAUAGAGGUAGAGUGUGGUGAGUGGCAGCCUUUGGCUUUGGAUCGCAAGAUUCUGAUAUCACCGUCAUCCGCUCCCAGCAAUCUGUCCUAAAGUACAACACUCAUACCCAAUCACUCCAUACACCAAGCUGUAUCCAAAACUCGGGACUUACAUGCCACGAUAAUUGCAACCUGGCUGAUUUGCAGCCCUUCAUCUUCUUCCUUCAUUCAUCAUGGCGGCGAGCCACACUUCCCUCCGGGACCGCCAAAUCAGUAACGAUUCCCAACCUACCCCAACAUGACUGGUGCAUAGCUAACAAUCCCCUCAGGAUCCAUUGAGCGCAUGCUAAAUCUCAAUCACGAAUCUGAAGAACUCGAUCACAAUCCUGCCGACCACAAUGCAAACGGACUAGCUGUCCCCUCGGUGCCCCUCCUCAAUUCGGAUGGAGAUCCAAUAUGGAAGGUUUUGGUCUUUGACGAUUUGGGAAGAGAUGUUAUCAGCAGUGUUCUUCGAGUCAACGACUUGCGAACCUGGGGAGUAACAAUGCACAUGUAGGUUCGCAGACAAGGGUCGACAAGCUGUCGCAAGAAGUACUGACUGUCUUAGGCACAUAGCAUCUGCGCGCCAUCCUAUACCUGACGUGCCUGUUCUGUAUUUAGUUGAACCUACGCCCUCAAACUUACAAGCCAUUACCAAUGACCUCUCUCGUGGUCUCUACUCCCCCGCAUACAUCAAUUUCCUCUCCUCGAUACCCCGACCCUUACUCGAAGACUUUGCGAGACAGACUGCGGAAGCUGGCACAUCGGAAAGCAUUUCGCAAUUCUACGAUCAGUACUUGAACUUUAUUGUUGGAGAACCAGAUUUGUUCAGUUUGGGACUAAGAAAGGAAAACGCAUACUGGGCAUUGAAUAGCGGAAAGACGACCGAGGAACAAUUAGAGCAUGUAGUGGACAAGAUAGUAAGCGGGCUAUUCAGUGUAAUGGCUACAAUGGGUAUGCGAAGCUCUAGGGAAAUUGGAACCUGAAUCAUGGCUGACCAUUCUAGCUGUAAUGCCCAUAAUACGCUGUCCGAAAGGUGCUGCGGCCGAGAUGAUUGCUACCAAACUCGACCGAAAACUUCGCGAUCAUAUUUUGAAUUCAAAAGACAACCUAUUUUCUGCACCAACUGGUAGAGGAGCCGCCUCCGCGGGCACGCCAUCAUCUAGACCUGUCCUAAUUAUUUUGGAUCGAAAUGUGGAUUUGAUACCAAUGCUUUCACACUCCUGGACAUAUCAAUCUCUGGUUCAUGAUGUUUUGAAAAUGAAACUGAACCGAAUUACUGUGGAAACGCCAGUUGACGAGGAAAACCCCGCCAAAGCCUCUACGAAAAAGGCUUAUGAUCUCACGGCUAAUGACUUCUUUUGGAGCAAAAAUGCCAGCGUUCCAUUUCCACAAGUCGCGGAAGACAUUGAUGCGGAAUUAUCACGAUACAAGGAUGAUGCGAAUGAAGUGACGAGGAAAACUGGAGCUUCCUCACUCGAAGAUCUUCAGAAUGAUACAAGUGCUUCGGCGCAACAUUUGAAAGCUGCCAUUACACUUCUUCCGGAAUUGCGAGAACGGAAAGCAGUUCUCGAUAUGCAUAUGAAUAUCUUGGCCGGAUUGUUGACAGGUAUUAAAAACCGACAGCUUGACAACUAUUUCCAAAUGGAAGAAAACAUUACCAAGCAAACCAAAGCACAAAUCCUUGAGAUUCUGGGUGACGAGACAAAAGGAACGGAGCCGAUGGACAAAUUAAGAUUGUUCAUCAUAUGGUAUCUGAGCACAGAUCACGAAGUCUCGAGAGUGGACGUGGAAAAGUUUGAGGAAACUCUCAAGGCAGCGGGUGCAGACACAACCUCUCUCGCCUAUGUCAAACAGUGAGUAUUUUCAAGAUGAUCUUGUUAUUAUAAUUUCUAAUAUGCCACCAGAGUUCGUACCUAUACCAAAACAACCAUGAUGUCCACCGCUCCAGCACAAACCAGUCAGCAAUCUUCUGCCUCGACUCAACUCUUCUCUCAAUUCAGUGGCAUCUCGUCCCGUCUCACAUCCUCGCUUAAAGACUCUGGGGUGGGCGCCAACUUUGAAAACUUGAUUUCAGGCGUCAAGAACUUUCUCCCCGCAAAUCGUGACCUCACCGUCACCAAAAUCACGGAAUCCAUCAUGGACCCCGCAGGCGCAAGCAGUAGCGCCAUUGCCAAAACAGAAAACUACCUCUACUUCGACCCACGCAGUGCCAACGCACGAGGCACCAUGCCACCUCCCAACGCAGCACGCAAAGGCGAACAAAUGCCUGGUAGUAUGGGUCACGGACCUGGACAACAAGCUACCUUUGGACAGAGACGGCAAGGCUUCAGCGAGGCGAUUGUGUUUACGGUUGGUGGUGGGAGUAUGGAUGAGUAUGGGAAUCUGCAGGAGUGGGCUAAGCGAACGGGUGCGGGGGGGAGUGGUGCGGAGAAGGGCGCGGGAAAGAGGAGGGUGGUGUAUGGGAGUACGGAGCUUAUUAAUGCGGAGGACUUUUUGAGGGAGGAGUUGGAGAAGUUGGGGGGUGAGGUGAAUUAG